GAAAUCUGCCGUGUGUGUCGUGCGCCUGUCAGGGUUGGAGCCUGAAUUAGACCUUCCAGCUGUGUUUGGGUCUCAGGCACAUUCGUGGCUCCUCCUGUUCCUUUUGCUCCAUGUUGGAGAGAGGAAUUGGCCUUCCCGAACUCUCAGUGCAUGGACCUCUCCCCAUUUCUCUUCCCCUUCCGAGGGCAGGACCACAGCCUUGGGGGACAAGAACACCCAUUGUCAGGGGAGGGGUCCACAGAACGUGACAAGCAGGGAGGAAGCUCAUUGUCAGGCUGCCCAUACCUAGCAGUGAAAAUCACCCCCGCCAUCCCCGUGGUUGGUGGCAUCCUCUUCUUCUUUGUGAUGGGGACCCUGCUUCGCACCAGCUUCAGUGACCCAGGAGUCCUUCCGCGAGCCACGCCCGAUGAAGCCGCCGACCUGGAACGACAAAUAGAUAUCGCAAAUGGCACCAGUUCAGGGGGGUACCGCCCGCCUCCCAGAACGAAAGAAGUCAUCAUCAAUGGACAGACUGUGAAACUUAAGUAUUGUUUCACCUGCAAGAUUUUCCGGCCCCCUCGUGCCUCUCAUUGUAGCCUUUGCGAUAACUGCGUAGAACGGUUUGAUCACCACUGUCCCUGGGUAGGCAACUGUGUGGGGAAAAGAAACUACAGAUUUUUUUAUAUGUUUAUUUUAUCUCUGUCUUUUCUGACAGUCUUUAUAUUUGCAUUCGUUACCACCCACGUCAUUCUUCGUUCACAGCAGACAGGAUUCCUAAACGCGCUUAAGGACAGUCCUGCAAGUGUGCUGGAGGCCGUGGUGUGCUUCUUCUCGGUCUGGUCUAUCGUCGGCCUCUCAGGUUUCCACACGUACCUGAUCAGCUCCAACCAGACGACGAAUGAAGACAUUAAAGGAUCUUGGUCAAAUAAAAGAGGCAAAGAAAAUUACAAUCCUUACAGCUACGGGAACAUCUUCACCAAUUGCUGUGUUGCCCUGUGCGGGCCCAUCUCUCCAAGCCUAAUCGACAGAAGAGGCUACAUCCAGCCCGACACGCCGCAGCCAGCUGCACCCUCCAACGGGAUGGCCGCGUACGGGGCCACACAGUCACAGAGCGACAUGUGCGACCAGGACCAGUGCAUUCAGAGCACCAAAUUCGUUUUGCAGGCCGCGGCCACGCCCCUGCUGCAGAGCGAGCCCAGCCUCACCAGCGACGAGCUGCACCUGCCCGGGAAGCCGGGCCUGGGCACACCCUGCGCCAGCCUGACCCUCGGGCAGCCCACGCCGCCCUCCUCCAUGCCCAACCUCACCGCCGAGGCGGCGCUCACAGACAUCCUGCCCCUGAAAGACGAGCACGUGGGCCACCAGUUCCUGACCCCGGAGGAAGCGCCCUCGCCGCCGCGGAUGCUGGCGGGCAGCCCCCUGGCCCACAGCCGCACCAUGCACGUGCUGGGGCUGGCCAGCCAGGACUCCCUGCACGAGGACUCGGUGCGCGGUCUGGUGAAGCUCAGCUCCGUGUGACCGCAGCCCGGGGAGAGGGGCGGCGGACCGCGGGAGCUUGGCCGUGACCCGGUUCCAAGGCGGGGAGGACAACUCCGGGUCCUGGGGCACCCAGACCCCUCAGAGCGCAAACGGAUGGCCCUUCCAGGGCAGAAGAGGGCAGGGCCCGAAUGCCUACAGCUUGGGUUGAGUGGAAUUUUCUUCCCCACCCUGACUGCUUUGAUCACCGUGAAAAUGGAGAAGUGGCUAUUUCCAGGCGACUGGCAUUUGAGGGGUGGGCCUGGGGAGAGAGGAGCAGCCUCCGGGGCUGCGGUCUGAGCCCAGGAGGAAAGGACCCGGCCGGGAUGGCUGUUCUGCGUGCGGUCCGCCCGCUGCUCUGGGGACAGACACACGGGAAGGUUGAGGACGCUGGUGGCCAGACUGAAUUUGCACUUACAUGUUAUGCUACUAAUAUUUGAACUAGACAUACCAUUCCAUUUGUUAAUUUAAAAACAAAAACAAAAACCUAAAGGGGAUUAAAAAAAAAAAGACCAGAUCUGGAUUUGCAUGCCACGCUACGUCUGUUUCCAAGUGGUGUUGGUAUUCAAACAGAAAUGCUGCUUGCUUGCUUUCUUUCUUUCUUCUAAUUUGGUGAAUUUUCAAGUGCUGUUUUAGGGGAAGCCAGUGCAGCACAACAAGGCUCAUGGACAACGCCGACACGCGCCAGCUUCUCGAGCUUCGUUAGACGGGGGCAGGUGGCGCCCGGGCUACGGGGCUGCCGGGUUGUACCCUAUCAAGUAUCAGUUCACCUUCUGUUGGGUAGUUAGACGAGCUUUGUGUCAUACCACGCCUGCCACAGUCUCCACCUCCUUGUGUGACCAAACGUCCUGUGGGCAGCCAAUAAAAUGACGUCCUCUGUUAUUUCGGAUCUGCGUACAGUUAUCCUUAACAGCUUCAAUGAUGACACAGUCAUCUGGCUGACCUAUGGAGAGUGUGGUUUCACCAAAGUAUUCCUAGCGAGGAACGGUCCCCAAACAGCCAAAAGUAAAAUCUUGGAAUGGGGGAGGGGGGAUUUACGGGAUGAUUUCUCAGGUAAGCGGGUAGCUUUCCAACAGUGUUUUGUUUUUCUCUUUUUUUUCUUUGUCUUUCUGAUAUGGUCUCAGCAGAAUUUGUUCCACAUUGACCGAUUGCCACAGGGCGAUUAAUCCACGGGUGACGGGAGAGGGCGCGCAGGGACAAGGCCACCGUGAGGCGGUCUUGACUACGCCCUAUUCCAUAAGGUCAGUGCUUGGAAAGGGCAGUGCGAGGUUCUCCUUGGGUAUCAGAAAAUGAGGAGAAACCGGCUUCAUGUCUGGGCCCCGAGCAUGAGCUGAUCAUUCUCACCCAGACAUGAAGCAGAGUGGAAUUAAGAAAAUUACUGCUUCAUUCGUUCAUUUAUCAUCGAGAAGGGCGCAGGCUCUGUAUUUAAGGAAUCAGUCACUUCGGAGGCAGCUGCGGGGACUCAGCAGGCUCUGUCCAGGCUUCUCUCCAGACGAUAAAUUCAACCACCCAAUCAACUCAAGUUCAAAAUCAAGCUGGGGCUCCUCACAACGGUGUGAAACACCAGCUGCCCCAACGAUUUGCAUUUAUGGAAAAAGGCUGUUUCUCCCAUGAAAGAGUUGCCAUUUUAUAGAAAAGGAAAGCAGAAAAGGAAAAGAAAAGCACAAUUUAAAGUCUCAUCUGGAAUAAAGCCCAUUCUUUGUUGGUGGAGAAUCUCCUGUGCUGAAAAUAACCCCACAAUUCUGGCUUGGUGGUGUCUUGGAACCACUGUAACUUUUCAUGCUGUCUAUACAGAUAGAAAACAGGAAAGGCAGAUGGUGUGUAGCCUUUAUUGACCUCCCGGACCUCCUAGCUCCUUGUGCUUGCUUGGAAUUUAUAAUAAGGGGACAGAGCUCUUCCUUACACAGCCACACACACACACACACACACACACUCAUUCACGGUCACGAACCCAUAGGGAUUCUCUCCUUGCCUGCACUGCCUGGGAGCAAAAAGCAAUAGCCCCACGAUGUGCCUUCCAGAACUUUCCUAACCCUUUGCUCUCUGCCCCCUUCCAUCUGCUGCCCAGAGACCCUGGGAGAGUGUUGGCCCUGGGGAAAGGAUGGGUCACUUCUCACUGCAGUGUCUGUGUGGCUUGGUCCACUCCUAGUUUCUUCACCUGGAAGGUGAAGACAAUGAACUUUUGAGUCUUUCCAUUUCUAUCAUCUAAUUCAGGGGUUGCUGAUUUCCCAGGAUUGGUCCCUCUUUCCACCUCCUUAUGAUAAAAUCCAAGAAGUAAGGAUCUUUCAUGUCUUUAAUAACCAAUACUUACAUAAUAUAUAUUACUGAUCCUCCACACACCCCCAACCUUAUCUCCUGUACCCAUGGACAUCAUUUAUCGGAAAGGGGAUUGGGAAUUUCAGUGAAACAAAUCAAAGCUAUCAAGCCCAUUCGGGGUCCAGCAGGGAGAUUAACUUGAAUAGGCCCAUUUGCUAUAACAAUGAACUUCUUAAAGCCCCAGACCAGAGAGAUACUCACAGCCCUUUAGUCUGUGGCUUAGAAAAGAGGGAGAGUCUGUGGAAUGAAGGACUAUGAUCCGGGGAGCUCCCAUCUUCCCCUGAUCUCAGGAAAGGGACUUCUGGCGAUGGGUCUGCAUUUCCCAUUAAUUGAUAAAUAUAUAUAUUUUUAAAUGUUGGCUGGUUUCAUCAAGCUGUGGCUGCAUAUAGACCUUGAUCUUUCUAAAUUCUGUCGGUGUGUUAUGGAGCGAUUGCAUGCUGGCUAUGAAAAUAAGAUUAAUAUUUUACUGUGCUAUUAAAGCUUGGACCAUUAUCAAACCUAUGCACACGCAUACACAUACACUCACUCACUUUGUUGUCUAAAAAUUCAUCUGCUUUCCUCCUCCCAGGAGUGCUUUGGGCACUGCAGGCUUCCCAGGAACUCAGAGGCUGAAUUGAGCCUGAGUGCCCUGGUCCUGGGGAGGAUGUUGGCUGGAGCGUCAGGGCGGCUGCUAGCCUGCCCGCCGAAAGGGCAGGAUGACAUGACAUUCCGUGCCUAGGGAGAAUCGGCUGGCAUUUGUGCUGACCCACUUGAAAAAAUGCUCAUUCCAGCGUUCAGCCUGGGAGGGUGAUGCCAUAGCCCCAGCCUGUGCCAGCAAAAUGCCGAAUACCCGUUCUGGCCCAGAAUAACACCAAGGAAGACCCUUGUGCUCAGCUCAGCCCCCUCCAAGGACCCCGUAAUCCCCCCCCACCCACAUUGUGUUUAGGAUUACUGACUGGGAUUCAAAACAAGAGGCACACCCCAUUUUAUGAGCCAUGCUUCUGCUGGACCUAAAUGGGUUUUCAGAAGCCCCCUAGCUUUUCACUACCUGGGCUUGGGCCUGGCCUUCUUAUCGGAUUCAACAGCAAGGCUAUGAAUUUGCCUAAAAUGACAGGAAGUGUCCCUGGCAUCGGGGCUGUAAUAGCAUCUCCGGGAAAAUGCCGGAAUCCAAGCCAUCUGGGGACCGCCAUCACUGGUUUCUGAGGGGCACAGCCUGAUGGGCUCCUCUGUGGGUCUCAGAGCCUCCUUGCUCCCCAAAGAGGGGAACUGCAACUCAAUGCCCCCUUCCCGAGCUCCACAAACAGUCAGCCUCUUCACCAGAAACCCAGGGCUUUCCCACCUUGGCUGGUGGUUUUGAGUUAGCCAGAAGGCAUCAGGAACUUGCAUUCAUUGUUUAAGGAACGUUUUGAAGUGAGUUGUCUGUCAUUCGUCCACAUGACCACUGCCUCACCUGUUCGGGUCUUGAUCAUGUAAGAAAAGAGACUAAAGGGAACAAAUGUCAAAUAUACUUUUCUGAUUAAUGCCUUAAACUGUUUUGAAGCUGAGCCUAAGUCAAAUCAAUGUUUACAUUUUUUAUUAAGUAUCUGUAAGUUCUGGGAGUCAAGCAUAUUCUUGUCCAAAGGAGAGAGCCUUUCAAAUGAAGUCUUAUUCCCCGGUCCCCUCCACAGGUCCUGGAGCUCUGUGUAUGGCCUCGUAUGCCAUUUUCCAUGUGCCUGCCUCAAAAACCACCCCCCCAUUUGUUCCCUCGAGAUGCAACCCCCCCCCCGUCUCUGUCUUCUAACGAUAAGUUAUUGAAAUAUUAAAUAAGCUGAAAGUCGUUUUCUUUCAAAUGAAUGUCAAAGAUGCUCAUGGCUUUUUGUAACUGGGGAAAUCCUCCGUCUAGUUGCCCACUGUAAGGUCCUCACCAUACAGCCAGGAUGGAUUUUCAGACGAGUGGUCAGGACAUUAAUCCAGCCGUGGAAAAUAAUUGGGAGCCUGAAGAUUAGAUUGUUUCUGGAGCAACUGAAUUUGCAGCUGCCACAAAACUAGAUAAAUGGCCUUAACUGGAAUUAUUUUCUAAAUCUCCUAAACCCCAGGAAUCACCUACAGAAUGGGCUGGAAACACAAAGACUUUUCUUCCAUCUUGUGCAACACGAAGACUUUUCUCCACCCGCUGUUGACUUUUUAAGAGACACUUGGUAUUGCUGAUGAAGACAUGAAUGGAUAGCUCUCUGUCUGCCCUAGAUAUGCUAAGAUGGAUAGUUAUACUGAGAGGCCAUGUGGCCUAUCCAAGGAGACAUGUUUCCCGGGUUCUACAUGAAUGGACAUGGUUUUAGCCUGCAGUUUAAAAGAAAAGGAAAGAAAAAAAAGGGAAGAUUACAUCCUCACUUACUAUUUACCCAGGGCAUUCUGUGUUGGUAUUUCACAUGAGUCAAACAUUUUGGUGUGAAAGGGUGGGAAAAAAGGCCUUUUAAACUCUUAGUGGAUUCAAAGCCCUGAAUCGGAACAAUGGUGAACACACUAUAAUACAGAGCGUUGCAUGUUUUCCGAGAUACUUAUGCUUAUUGAAGUGCCUUUCAUGUUUUAAUCAAUGUUUGCAGAAUCUAUCUUAAACCUGAAGUGAAUUAAGAAAGUAUUUUCCUCCUUCAAUAAAAACUGCUAAUGGCAUCAAA